AUGGAUUAUUUUAAAAGUGGUUUAAAAACGGUGCUCGGUACGCCCGUCGUCGAAGACCAGCCGUCCGGUGCCGAUAUUGUUGAACGUUUGGUGGAACGAGUUCAAAAUUCCACGUUGCUGACAGACAGACGUGAUGCAUGCAGGGCACUUAAAGCCCUUACACGAAAAUACCGCGUUGAAGUGGGUGCAAAAGGAAUGGAUGCCCUGUGCCUAGUGUUGCAACAAGACCGUGCAGACGCUGAAAUAGCUAGCUAUGCUUUGGGCACGUUAGGACUAAUUAUGCAUGAUAAGUUGUAUGAAGAAGAAGAAAUUCCUGCCGUGACCGCAAAAGAUUCGGAUAAAUUGGGUGAACGUUUCACAGAAAUAUUCAUAAAAAAAAAAGAAAAUGUUGGAUUGGUUUUGGAUUAUUUAGAGGAAUUUGAUUUUCACGUACGGUGGCCAGCUCUUCAGUUACUGUUACAAUUGUUGACAAAUAAGGCUAAGGACGUGCAAGAAAUGAUUUUGGUCAGCCCUAUGGGAGUUUCCAAAUUAAUUGACAUGUUGAGUGACAGCCGGGAAGUAAUUCGAAAUAAUUCUGUUCUUUUGUUAACACUAUUGACAAAAAGCAAUGCAAAUAUUCAAAAGAUAUUAGCUUUUGAAAAUGCUUUUGAUCGACUAUUUUACGUUAUACAAGAAGAAGGCAAUGCAGAUGGAGGAAUUGUCGUCCAAGAUUGUCUGAAUUUAAUGUUGACUCUAUUAAGAAAUAACAUUUCGACACAAAAUUUCUUCAAAGAAGGUAAUUUUAUAUCCCGAAUAUUGCCCCUUUUGCAGUUGCCCCUUAUUGAUGAGUGGCCCAUUCAGAGAAUAAACAAUGUGCAUUCAGUUCUUCAAAUUAUACGCACACUAGUAUCACCAACCAAUCCAGCUCAAGCUACUUCUUCAUGCCAACAAGCCAUGUACACAUCUGGAAUUCUAAAAGCAUUAUGUGACUUGUUGGUUGCGACUGGUGUACCCCGUAAUCCAUUAACUGAAGCCAUAUAUACUGUAGCAGAACUUAUACGUGGGCACAAUGAUAAUCAAUCAUUUCUUGAAUCAGUAAAGUCCAAUGAAAAUCCUCCAAAGGAUAUUCUGUUAUUAUUGUUAUAUACAAUGUUAAGCGACAAGCAGCCAUUUGAUAUGCGUUGUGCGGUGUUGUAUGUUUUCCAGUGUUACUUGUACAGAAAUGAUUUUGGAAAAAUGAAAAUUAUUCAAAAACUUUUACCAUUGGAAAAAGAAGUAACUGAAACUUGCAUCAGCAAUCUUCUUUGUCGAGGUUUGUUCAACAAGGAACCGUUGAACUGCUGGUUUUCAGCAGUGGCACUUUCAUACGCUCUUAUUGAUAACCCAGAAGGUAAGGAAAAGCUGCUGAAUGUCAAGUUGUCGUCCAGUGAUAAUGAGCCACCUACAUUACUGCAACAGAUAGUUAUUUCUAUUCAAACAAAUGAUAGAGCACAGUUUAAAAUUGGCUAUUUGAUGUUAUUGUCUACUUGGUUUGCUCAUUGUUCACUGGCUGUUGAAAGUUUCUUGAAGAUUAACUCAGGCAUACCAUACUUUAUUACUCAGACGAAUCGUCUAGAGAACGAAGAGAUCGAAGAAAUCGUCAGCGGUCUGAGCACGUUCGUGAUGGGUAUAUGUCUAGCGUUCAAUCCUGACACGGUGGAAAAUUUCAAAAAAGAUAGCCUCAGACAUUUGAUUAACAAACGGAUAGGCGUGGAAACGUUCGUGGAUAAAUUAAACGAUGUGUCUCGAAACGAAUCGUACACCAGAGCCAGUAAACACCCGCAGCCGACGGCUCAAGACUCUAAUUCUCUAUUAUUGGAUUACGAGUUUUGCAAGUUGUUCAAAAUGCUUGAAGGAAUGAUCAUGAGAGCGCUGAACACGCUUCCCGGCCAGGACGAUAGCGAAAAAUUGGUAACCAAUCAAAAACAAAUCGAAGAGCUCAACAUCACUGUGGACUGCCUGAAAAACGAAUUGUCUGAGAAGACCAACCGGAUUGAGGAACUGUGCAGGCUGGCCAACGAUUUCCGGGACGACACGGAUCGUAUAAAAACCGAAUUGUUUAGACUUCAGGAAAAUCACAUGUCGCUCAUACAAGCUUACCAGAUGAAAGAAAACGAACUGGAAUCGUACAGACGUUUAUUAGAAAUGCACGGGAUUUGGCAGAACGAAAAUUCGGCCGCCAAUCAGCAGCAGGAACCAAUGGUCAGCGCGACGGUGAUCGCGGGAGGACUGCCGCCAUCGCAACAACAGCAGCAACCGUACGUCGAAGGCACAACGACGCACCAACAGACGCUCGAAGAGUCAUUUAGGAACGAUUUGAACGUCUAA